AUGAUCGUCGAUUCUCCAAGUGCGACAGAACGAUCAAGGGCAAUGAAUUGUCUCUUGAAGUUUGCUCAGGCACGAGAUUUUAAAUCAGAACUUAAAGACAUUGCCGAGUCUAAGCAGGUUUCAAGCAGAGGCAGACUAUCUGCAUUGAAUCUAUUCACUGAUCCAGCUGGAUUGCUCAGAGUGGGCGGUCGCCUUAUUAAUGUGCCUAUAGCUUUCGAACAAAAACAUCCUAUCAUUCUAGCACCAGGUAAUCCCCUUACUCUACUUAUAAUUGCUCAUGAACACAAUAAAUUAUUGCACGCAGGAUGCCAAGCAGUAAUGUCAUCGUUAAAGACACGUUAUUGGACCUUAUCAUGUAAAACAAUUGUAAAAAAGUUUAUCAAAAAAUGUAUGAAGUGCUUUAGGGCACAGCCAAUGAGUCCAGAAUAUACUAUGGGAAAUUUGCCAUUUGAUCGUGUCUCUCCGAAUGGGCCAUUUCUCACGUGUGGAGUUGAUUAUGCCGGUCUAUUUUUUGUCGUCGAAAAAUCACGAAGUCGAUCAGUUAGUAAGGCCUAUAUUUGUAUUUUCGUAUGUUUUGCUACCAAUACAGUUCAUAUUGAACUAGCGCGUGACAUAAGCACGAACGCGUUUUUUAAUUGUCUCUAUCGAUUCGUUUCUCGUCGAGGAAAAUGUAAAAAUAUCCAUUCGGACAAUGGAACUAAUUUCGUGGGGGCUCGAAAUGAAUUGAAAGAAUUAGGAGAACUCUUGAAAAGUCGCGAAUUUCAGGAAUCUGUCACAGAUUUUUUAGCGAAUGAACAAGUUACUUGGCAUAUGAUACCUUCCCAUGCCCCAAAUUUUGGUAGUCUUUGGGAAAGCGCCGUUAAGUCUGCAAAAAAACAAUUAAAAAUUGUAAUAGGGGAAACGCGACUAACAUUCGAAGAAUUGUAUACUUUAUUGACACAGGUCGAGGCAUGUUUGAAUUUGUCGUCCCUUAUCACCAAUUUCCAAUGA